UAUCAGUAAGCAAUCUGGACUGGAUUUUCGGACCGAGUUAGAAGUUAGAAGAAAACACACCAGCAGCUGUUACUUCAGGAAAUGUAAAACAUGCAUUUAUUUAAAUUUAAGACAUUUGGGUAAGGUUGUCUUUUGUUGGUUUAUUUUUAGCUACUUUUUAAUUAUAUUGAAUAAUCGAUAAUCAACAUUUAAUCAAUUUUUGGUCAUGCAUUCACCAUUAAAAACACUUCCGUAGAGUGAAACAGGGAAAACUGUGAAGCCAGGAUCUCAGUAGGGGGCGCUGGCGCACCGUGAAAGCAUUAAGCUGAACUUGUCAUCGCACAGAAGAAGCAGCAGUAGUAAACAAAGCGGAUAGUAGAGGUUAUUUUCCCUGAGACGGUGAUCCAAGGCGGGCUCUGUGAUGAAGGAGAAGCCAGCGGAGAGUUCGGCGGAACCGUCCAAAGCGGACUCUCUGCGGGGGUUCGUCACCGAGAGGCUCGCCGCUGCUUCCCGGGAGAUCCUGGCGGCGGUAGAGACGGUGGUAGCCGCCUUUGAGGAGGAGGCCUUGGGCUUCCGCCUGGAGAUCCACCGGCAGAGGAAGCAGCUGGAGCUGCUGCAGAACCAGGUCACUGUCAGAACCGAUGGUUUACCGUCCAGCAGAAGCCAUGGAUCAUCUGAGGAAGAGGAGGGUAAUGAUUGUCUGAAGAAUCAGGACCAGACUGAUUCAUCGAGCUCUUCAUCAUCUCAGUCCCAGUCUGAUCGAAGGAAGCCUGGCAGACCUCAGAUCAGCAAAGCUCAGAACACCAUAGACCUCAGCAUCCGCAUCCUGAAGGACUCCAAGAUCAGAAGAGCUUCAAGAAAUGUGGUGAAAAAAUGUCCGCUGGUCUCUCUGAAGUGUCCUCGAGGCCUGCAGGGGUUGGACUUUCUGAACCUGCUGAGGUCUGCUGUCCCUCAGCUGGCUGGAGACAAUAAAUCUUUUGACAUCUUGACCUUGGAUAGGAAUCAGAGACUUCAGCCUCUGACUCUGAAGACGGUGACGGCUGAGGAAAUCAUUAGAAAUGUUAGAUCUACGGGGCUCAGGAAGCUCACGUUCUACAUUAGAUUGAAGGAGGAGAUUCCUCGUCUUCAGACAGAGAUCAGCUCCGAGUCGUUGGCCUGUGAGGAAACUAAACAACAGGGAGAGAUGAGGACAACAUCAGAACAAGACAUAGAGACGGAAGAGGACCAUCUUACGUCAGCGUCAGGUGAAGACUCUCUGGCGCCCUCUGCUGCUGAGAGGGAACGAGAUGCUGUGGAUGAAGGAGACAUCAGAGACACAAACAAGAGCGACAGCAGCUGGAAACUACAUGCCGGCGAUGAAGAUAAAGAAAAGAGAGACUCCAGGCUCGUUACUGAGAAGGAAGAAGGCAAUCAAUCCAAUGAAGUUUGGACAAGAACCAAGAAGAGAACUGCGGGUUUUAGCUGUAAGGUCUGCAAAGCUGCACAGAAAUCUGAAGUCACUCUCAUUAAACACGCCUGGAGGCACACGGAGGAAGCAGGAAGUGUUUGUGGAGUCUGUGGAGAAUCAGUCGAGGUAGUAAAAGAUCAUUUUCAAGUUGAACACAGAACUGAUGACUGUCCCGCCUGUGGAGAGUCUUUUCUCAGUGUCCUCAGUCUGAAUGAGCACCUGAAGGCCCAUUCAGGAGAGAGACCUCACCAACAUGAGUCUAAUCUCUUCUCAUUGGCAUCAGGACCCCAUCACGAGUGUCCCACCUGCCACAAGGUGUUCGAGCUGGAGGCGCAGUUGAAGGCUCAUCACAGGACUCACAGUAAAUGUAAAACGUACCUCUGCGGGGUCUGCGGCAAAUUCCUGAGCAGCAACAGAUCCUUGUCCCGCCACAAGAUGACGCACUCCGGAGAAAGACCCCACAGAUGCCAGAUCUGUGAGCGGGGCUUCAAACUGGCCACCACGCUGAGACAACACGAGAAGAUCCACACCCACAGAGAGAGGCCCUACCUCUGCGACGUCUGCUGCAAGAUGUUCCUCACCAGCAAGCAGCUCGUCAUCCACAUGAGGACGCACACCAACGAGAAGCCAUACCACUGCGACCGCUGCGGGAAGGGCUUCACCACCAGGGGGCCGCUGACCAUACACAUGCGGGUCCACACCGGGGAAACGCCGUACCGCUGUCCUCACUGCGGAUGGUCCUUUAAGCGAAAGACUCACCUGGACGACCACGUGGCAAUCCACACGGGGGCCAAGCCGUACGUGUGCGGGAUCUGCGGGAAAACGUGCGCUCGGAGAACGUACCUGACCGUCCACAUGAGGACGCACAACGGAGAGAGACCGUACAAGUGUUCCCUGUGUGACAAGGCCUUCACGCAGAGCCAUUGCCUGAAGACGCACAUGAAGAGCCACAAGGCUGCACAGACUGCGUCCUAACGCCGACCAGGAGCUGCUGUUACUUUGUGUUUGUUGCACACGAGACGCUUCAGUUGUUAUUACUAUUAAACUGUUUCUAGCUCUCAAACGUGUCCAGUAAACAUUAGCAGAACAUCAGUGGUUCUGGGGGUUUUCUUCGUCUUCCUUGAAGGUUCUGGGCAAUCAAACAGUUCUUGGAAAACUAAAAGUAUCUGUGAUAUUUUAUGAUAAAGAGAGGCUUUAAAAUCAGUAACAAAGACAAUAAAACGGCAGUUCAUUAUUUAA